AUGGAACAAUUUUAUAUUAGUAGUUAUAUUAAAUUUAUAUGGAUAAUAGUAUCCCAUAAUAAUUCCUUUCAACAAUCAAUUAAAUCUUUCCAACAUUUUAAUAAUAAAUAUGGGAAAUUUAUUCAAAAAUUAAUUCUUAAUUCUCAAUUAUCAUCAACUAAUUUAAUGAUUAGUCUAUAUUAUUUAUAUAAACAUUAUCAUAUCAAUAAUGUUUUACUACAUAAACAUGAUUACCAUCACCACCACUCCUCAGCACAAGAAGAAAGUUUUAAAGAAGAUAAUGAUUUGUUUAAUUCUAUGCUAAUAUAUAAUGUCAUAAUAUCAUUGGUAUUAUCUAAUAAAUCAUUUGAUGAUCAAUCAUAUACUUUAAAAACUUGGUUAAUUAUUAUUGACAAUACAAAUGCAAAUACAAAUACAAAUACAUUAAACAAUAACAAUACCAAUAAUAAUACCAUUAAUAAUACUUCUAAUAAAUCAUUAAUUAAUAUUGAUUUAAAAUUAUUAAAUCAUUUAGAAAAUUAUUUUUUAUCAUCAUUAAAUUUUAAAUUAUCAUUUAUUGAUAUUUCUAUAAAUCAUCAAUUUUGGAAAAUUUUAUCAAAUUGUAAAAUAUUUCGAAUUAAUCAAACAAUAUUAAAUAAAUUUAAACAAUUAGUUAUGAUAACUAAUACUAAUACUAAUACUAAUACUAAUACAACUACCCCAACUAUCAAUAAUACUACGACUAUUACGCCUACCGUGCCUACUACUACUACUACUACUACUACAAAUCAAUUGAAUAAUGUUAAUUAUAAGAAUAAUAUUGUUUUAUCACCAUUACCAACAACACCAAUAUCUUCAUCUAUGGUAUCAACAAAUAUUAGAUUUGCUACUAGUACUACAACUACUACUAUUACUACUAAUAAUAAUUAUAAAGUUGUUGGUAAUAAUGGUAAUAAUGGUAAUAAUUGUUAUAAUAAUAAUAUUAUUACCCCAUUUACUAAUUAUUCAUCAACUCCAGCAGUACAUAUUAAUGGUCAUAAUCAUAAUCAUAAUCAUAAUCAUAAUCAUAGUCAUAAUCUUAGUCAUAAUCAUGGUAAAAGUAUUAGCAGUAUCAGUAUCAGUAAGAAUAAUAAGAAUAAUAAUAAUUUCUCAUCACCAUUGAAUAAUAUUUCUACAUUUUCAUCACCUUUAAAUUAUCCAUUAACUCCAUCAACUCCUUGUUAUGAUGAUACUAAUAACAACAACAAUAGUAGUAGUAGUGGUUAUCCUUAUGGUUGUAUGAAAAAAAGAAGAAUUAUGAGUAAUAAUAAUAAUAAUAAUAAUAAUAACUACAACAGUAAUUGUCAAAUUAAAUCUCAUUAUUAUUUACCAUCAUAUCAACCACAACCAAAACCACAACCAAAACCUCAACCUCAACAACAACCACAACAACAACAACAAAUUAUGUUGUUACCAUCACAAGAAUUUACUUUUACUCAACCAAUACAAUAUCAAUAUCAAUAUCAAUAUCAAUAUCAAUAUCAAUAUCAAUAUCAAUAUCCGUUACCAUUACCAUUACCACAACAACAACAAAAUUUACCUACAAUGCCAAUUCAAACAGUACCACCACCAUCAUCAUCAUCAUCAAUACAAUAUGUUUCAUCAAUUCCAUUUACAAAUAAUAAUAAUAAUUGUAAUUAUAAUAGUCUUAUUAAUGGUAUGUCUAUUGGAGGAAUAGGAACUAAUUCCAUCAUUUCUACUGGUGGUGAUAGUGGUGUUGCUGCCCCUACUUUUCAAAAACCAAUGGUUAUGAUGAUGCCAUAUUAUCCAUUACAACAACCACAACCACAGCCACAACAACAAUUUAAUUUAUUUUAA